AAGGCGUUAUCAGCCAAGAAAGCUGUUUUAAAAGGAGUUCAUGGAAAAAUUAAAAAGAAGCCACGCACUUCCACAACUUUCCAUCGUCCAAAGACUUUGCGUCUAUCGCGAAAACCCAAAUAUCCUCGCAAAUCCCUUUCUCAUACACCUCGCCUUGAUCAAUACAAAAUUAUAAAAAAUCCGCUAAACACCGAAUCUGCAAUGAAAAAAAUUGAGGACACAAACACGCUCGUUUUCAUUGUUGAUACUCAGGCUAAUAAACGCCAAAUCAAGGAUGCAGUGAAAAAACUGUAUGACGUUGACGCUCAAAAGAUCAAUACAUUGAUAAGACCAAACGGAACCAAGAAGGCAUAUGUUCGCCUUACAAGUGAUGUUGAUGCAUUGGAAGUCGCA